AUGAAGCUCUUGUGGCAGGUAACUGUGCACCACACCUGGAAUGCCGUCCUGCUCCCCGUCGUCUACCUCACGGCGCAAGUGUGGAUUCUGUGUGCAGCCAUCGCUGCUGCCGCCUCCGCCGGGCCCCAGAACUGCCCGUCUGUCUGCUCGUGCAGUAACCAGUUCAGCAAGGUGGUGUGCACCCGCCGGGGCCUCUCCGAGGUCCCUCAGGGUAUUCCUUCCAACACCAGGUACCUCAACCUCAUGGAAAACAACAUCCAGAUGAUCCAGGCCGACACCUUCCGCCACCUCCACCACCUGGAGGUCCUGCAGCUGGGCAGGAACUCCAUCCGGCAGAUCGAGGUGGGGGCCUUCAACGGCCUGGCCAGCCUCAACACCCUGGAGCUGUUUGACAACUGGCUGACAGUCAUCCCGAGCGGGGCCUUUGAAUACCUGUCCAAGCUGCGGGAGCUCUGGCUGCGCAACAACCCCAUAGAAAGCAUCCCCUCUUACGCCUUCAACCGGGUGCCCUCCCUCAUGCGCCUGGACUUGGGGGAGCUCAAGAAGCUAGAGUACAUCUCUGAGGGGGCUUUUGAGGGACUGUUCAACCUCAAGUACCUGAACUUGGGCAUGUGCAACAUUAAGGAUAUGCCCAACCUCACCCCCCUGGUGGGGCUGGAGGAGCUGGAGAUGUCAGGAAACCACUUCCCUGAGAUCAGGCCUGGCUCCUUCCAUGGCCUGAGCUCCCUCAAGAAGCUGUGGGUCAUGAACUCACAGGUCAGCUUGAUUGAGCGGAAUGCUUUUGAUGGGCUGGCCUCCCUGGUGGAACUCAACUUGGCCCACAAUAACCUCUCUUCUUUGCCCCAUGACCUCUUCACCCCACUGAGGUACCUGGUGGAGUUGCACCUACACCACAAUCCUUGGAACUGUGAUUGUGACAUUCUGUGGCUAGCCUGGUGGCUUCGAGAGUACAUACCCACCAAUUCCACCUGCUGUGGCCGCUGUCAUGCUCCCUUGCACAUGCGAGGCCGCUACCUGGUGGAGGUGGACCAGGCCUCCUUCCAGUGCUCCGCCCCCUUCAUCAUGGACGCACCUCGGGACCUCAAUAUCUCUGAGGGUCGGAUGGCAGAACUUAAGUGUCGGACUCCCCCCAUGUCCUCCGUGAAGUGGCUGCUGCCCAAUGGGACAGUGCUCAGCCACGCCUCCCGCCACCCACGGAUCUCUGUCCUCAACGACGGCACCUUGAACUUUUCCCAUGUGCUGCUCUCAGACACUGGGGUAUACACAUGCAUGGUGACCAACGUGGCGGGCAACUCCAAUGCCUCGGCCUACCUCAACGUGAGCACGGCCGAGCUCAACACCUCCAACUACAGCUUCUUCACCACUGUCACAGUGGAGACCACUGAGAUCUCGCCUGAGGAUACAACACGAAAGUACAAGCCCGUUCCUACUACGUCCACUGGUUACCAGCCGGCAUAUACCACCUCUACCACGGUGCUCAUUCAGACCACCCGUGUGCCCAAGCAGGUGGCGGUAACCGCAACGGACACCAAUGAUAAGAUGCAGACCAGCCUGGAUGAAGUCAUGAAGACCACCAAGAUCAUCAUUGGCUGCUUCGUGGCAGUGACUCUGCUAGCUGCUGCCAUGUUGAUUGUCUUCUAUAAACUUCGCAAGCGGCACCAGCAGAGGAGUACGGUCACAGCUGCCCGGACUGUUGAGAUUAUCCAGGUGGAUGAAGACAUCCCAGCGGCGGCAUCUGCAGCAGCAACAGCAGCUCCAUCCGGUGUAUCAGGUGAGGGGGCAGUCGUGCUGCCCACAAUUCAUGACCAUAUUAACUACAACACCUACAAACCAGCACAUGGGGCCCACUGGACAGAAAACAGUCUGGGGAACUCUCUGCACCCCACAGUCACCACUAUCUCUGAACCUUAUAUCAUUCAGACCCAUACCAAGGACAAGGUACAGGAAACUCAAAUAUGA